GCCGUCGACUUCUCCGUUCUUCAGAAUCAACCAAAGGUCCCGGCGGAGUUCGUAUGGCCGGAAAAUGAUGUCACGCCUUCCCAAGGAGACCUCGACGUGCCCAUCAUCGACCUCCGGAGUUUCUUCCACGGGGACUCCGCUACCAAAGAUAGAACGGCCACCGCCGUGAGGGCGGCGUGCGAGACGCAUGGGACAUUUCUUGUCAUCAACCACGGUAUCGACUCGGACUUGACCGAAUCAGCGCACGAGAUGGCAAAGUGGUUCUUCGGGCUCCCAAUGGAUGUGAAACUCAAGGCCGAGAGGAGUUCAGGAACUAUUCCGGGAUAUUCCGUCGCUCACGCGGAGAGAUUCUCGGCGAAUCUGGUUUGGAACGAAACGUUUUCGUUUGAUUUCAGCGAGGGUCCAACUCCGGUAGUGGAGGAGUUCGUGAGAUCAAAGCUGGGCCAAGAUUUUGAGGAAAUGGGAAAAUUGUAUCAAAAGUAUUGUGAGUCGAUGAACCGACUGUCUCUUGAUUUGAUGGAGCUUAUGGGGACAAGCCUAGGUCUAAAGGACGAGAAGUACUACCGGAAAUUCUUUGAAGACGGUUGUGCAAUUUUCAGAUGCAACUAUUAUCCGCCGUGCAAGCAGCCAGACCGUGCACUU